AUGCUUUCAAUCAUUUUCACAUUGAUUGUAGCACCGGUUACUCUGGGUAUAAUAGGGGAUGAUUUAGCCCCUUAUCGAUGGAAUCUGGUACCAAAACCACUUUUGAAAAGGCUAUGCAAUCUAGAUGACUCAUUGCCUGUUUGCGCUUGGAAGCGGCACAAUCACGCUAGAAAGCCCGCUUUCUCAAAAUGGCAAAUAUGUCGUGAUCAUCCUGAAUUGAAUCUAUGCAAAUGGCAUAAUGGAGGUAUGGUGACAUCUCCUGUUCCAUUUACAACAACUGCAAAAACUGAAAAUUCUGCUGAAGCACCACCAACAUCUGAAGAGUCUAUUUUUGUGAAUGAACCAGAUAUGAUGCUUUCUUCAAAAUGGUCAAACGCUGAAAUUCUUCAAAAAACAGUUCAAAAGGAAUUAAAAACUGAACCAAAUCGAUUCGAAGGACGACUUCAUCGUGAAUCAGAUUCCCAUGAACCAUCAGAAUCUGGCGAUGAAAAAUUCGAUGAAUCAAUAAUGUCAGCUAAUGAAGAUGUAUUUUCAGCAUAAUUCCUCAAGCCAGUGCGAUCCCAGACAGUGCAUUUCCAUUUCCUCUGAUUACGGUUAAUACAUUAUCAAUUAUAUCUAGCUCAAUCUUAUACUGAUUCAAAAAUGAAAAAAAAACCGUUUAUUUUAUUGUGUAAUUUUCGAAAUAAUGAUGAAUGAAUAAGUUACCACU